UCCCCGCCGUUUUCGCUUCCGGAUUGUGGCCCGCCUCUUUUCUGAUGACCAAUCGUCUACACCUUCCUUUACUCGUCUACCCAAUCAGAGUUUUUCUACCUGUGGAUGCUACUGUGGACAUGGAGAAGAUGGAGGAGCAGUUUGCUCACCUGCACAUUGUUAAGCGGUCCUCAGAACCUAAAGAUCCCACUUACCUGCUUGGCAUAGACACAUCGGAGACUGCACAAGCAGGGAAAGGAACUGUGGUUGCUGUUUUGUGUUCAAAUGGUUCAAUAAGAGUAUAUGAUAAAGAGACACUAAGCGUCCUGCGGGAGUUUAGUGGCCAUCCUGGACUUCUUACUGGAGUCAGAUUUGCACAUUCCUGUGACAUCGUGUACUCACCAAGUACUGAUGGCUCCGUAAAAUGUUGGGAUGCUCGAUCAGCCAGCGAGAAACCUGUCCAGUUGUUCAAGGGUUACCCUUCCAAUGUUUUUAUCAGUCUUGAUGUCAACUGUAAGGACCAUGUCAUUUGUGCUGGUACAGAGAAAGUAGAUGACGAUGCAUUGUUGGUGUUUUGGGAUGCCAGAAUGAAUGCUCAGGAUCGGUCUACUAGGGACCCACUUGGUACAUAUUCAGAGACACACAGUGAUGAUGUCACUCAGGUACGUUUCCAUCCCAGGGAUCCCAACUUGGUGGUCUCAGGUUCAACCGAUGGCCUGGUAAAUGUAUUUGACAUCAGUGUCGACAAUGAAGAGGACGCGCUGCUUGCAACGUGUAACUCCAUUUCCUCAGUGAGCUCUGUCGGUUGGUCUGGGAGAGAUUAUAAACAGAUUUACUGCAUGACCCACGAUGAAGGGUUUUGUUGGUGGGAUCUUAAUCAUUUGGAUACAGAUGAACCAAUUACACGUUUGAACAUCCAGGAUGUCAGAGAAACCGUUGACCUAAAUGGAGGUCAGUUGGACUAUUUGAUUGGUGGCUUAUAUCAUGAAAAGAUGGACAAAUUGUUUGUCAUUGGAGGAACAAAUACAGGAAGGAUUCAUCUAAUGAGCUGCGCCCCCUCGGGACUGACCCACAUGACCAGCCUUCAAGGAGGGCAUGCUGCCACCGUUCGGUCUUUCUGCUGGAAUACACUGGAUGAUUCUCUGCUAACUGGGGGGGAAGACGCACAGUUAUUACUGUGGAGACCUGGAGCGCUGGAGAAGACCUGCACAAAGAGAGACGGCAUGAAGAUGACAUCCAGUGUGCACCAGCGAGUGCGCAUCCACAGUAACAGUCCUCACAAGAGAAGGAAAAAGCAGUGAUGGGAAGUGACUUGAUAGACUUUAUGACUUCAGGUAAUUUUUUUUGUUUUCUAUCUGUAGUAGACAUUUUAAAGCUUUUCUGUAACCAAAAUAAAUAAAUAAAGUCAAACAAUCCUCA